AGACGAGUGUUCUGUCAACCAGUGGCAUCCACUGCAGGGCUCUGUGCAAGGACACAAUGUUUAGAAGUAGAAAAUCACCGGGCACAGGUGGACAAUAGAGUGAACGCAAGUAAUAUAAGACAUAAGAGAAAAGCAUCAAAUGAAAGGCAUGAAUGUCAGUCAUGUGAAGACAGGUUUCUAAACAGUGAUAUAUGUUCUCCACCAGUUUAUUACCUUUCUGUUCUGCUUCAUAUAUUGUUACAAAAACAGACAAAUGAAAGGCGUUGGUUCUUUUUUAUAUGUAGUUUUACCGUCCUGACCUUGAUAAUGACUGCCAAAUGUAAUACCCAUUAAUUAAUAUUGUCUUAAUCUUAGUCUUGUAUUUCAGUGUUUUCUUUCUAUUGUUGAUCAGUGUGAGCAAAGCAACAUUAUGUUAACCCUCUCCGUCCCAUGGGAAGGACCUAUGGCCAAGAAUCAUCACUGGUCAUUAAUGUUCACAACAUAUGGACAGGAAAACGUGUAUUUUUCACUAAGGUGGUGUUUAUUAUGCAAUAAAACCUUAAAUUGGUUCUGACAUCUGCCAAUGCUAAAAAGAAAGCUGUGGAAGUGAUUGCCUCCUGCAGCCUGUUUACUGGAUCCUUCUUUAAUCGGCUUUGUGUACUGACGUCAGGCUUUUACUCUUUGUUGACGUCUUCUGUGCUCCCUCUGUGGGGACAUCAGCUGGUUGAUUACUGUAAGUCACUAGAUUACACUUCUGUUCACGCACCUCUGAGAGGAGACUGACUUACAGCGGCGCCAAGACUACAAAGGAUGGACGGCGUCCCUCUGAAGAUGCCAGAUGGUGCCUUACAUGAAGUCAAAAAAGUGGAAGUUAUUUUGCCUGAUUAUCUCACCAGACUGCAGGACACAGAGUAUGAGUUCAGUCUGGAAAACUGGGUGCUGACCGGACUGCAGAGUGGCUUCACCGGCCAGCACCAGCCUCCACCCCCCUCCUCCUCGUCCGGACUGCCGCCAUCUUGUCCUCCGUACUGGAUGAUGUUCAGCAGCCCACAGCAGAGCCGCUUAGCCAGCCGCCACUGCUCCGACUUCUGGGAGCCCAAUCCUCGACAGCGCUCCCACAGCCUCAACCCUGCGGUCCUGCGCACUGAAGCGCCCAUCUCUGAGGAUGAUGCCUCAGAGAAAGACAAGAUAUAUUUUUCAGUGAAAGUCUGCUCUGGUGGGGAAACUGGUGCUUCAUGUCAAAGGAAAGCACAGAGAGCCUUUGUCCCAGACCUCCUGAACCCUCCUGCCUGCCUCAGCAGCCUGCCUCACCAGCGCAGGAAGAACCUGCGACAGUGCUCCCUGUCAGUGCUGGAAACAUCCCAACACCACGUUCUCAACACAGACAGCCCAACUCCAAACUGGACCCCCACCAGCCGAGCCCUCAACACCAGAGCCAAUACAGUCGAUAGGCUCCCCAUCAUCAACAACCACAACGCAACACACAGGAAGUCCUCUGCUUUGGACUCGUCAGCAGAGCUCCUGUCAGCUCUGAGCCCAGAAGAGAGAGAGUUGCUGGGGGCAAUCACUGACCAGGGUUACCCCUUCCGCACCGCCAUCAUCGCUCUGCAGAAGACUGGGCGGCAGACCCCAGAUCAGAUCUUGAGUUAUCUGGUGGCAUGUGACCGUCUAUGCCAGCUGGGUUAUGAUGUGGCUUUGGUAGAAGAAGCUCUGGAGAUGUUUCAGAACUGUGAAACAAAGGCCGAGGAGUUCCUCCAUCUGCUGGGUCAGUUCAAUGAGAUGGGCUUCCAGCAGAGCGCCAUCAAAGAGGUGCUGCUGGUCCAUGAAAACCACCGAGAGCGAGCCCUAGAGGAGCUGAUGAUGCGUGUGGCCUGAUGGAAGAUCAAACUCACGCGCGCACACACCCUUACCUUUUAAUUCAUGUUUUUCUGGUUGCUAUUAUUUUCUUAGGCAGAGAGAGAAGAACUAUUACUGUUCUCUUUCAAUCAUUUUAGCUGAAGAUGGAUGUGGCCUUCACCCAGGAAAAGUCAAUUGUUGAUUUAUAGUAUGUAAAUAGUAUAUUACUAAUAGUACUAUAUAUGUAGUAUAUAGUUUUUAUAAUAUGUAUGAUGAUGAAGGUGGUGAUGAUAAAAAACAUGAUUAUGAAGAUGUUUAUUGAACUCUUCUGCCGUCUUCUCUCUUCCUAAAAUGAUUCCAUCUGGGGA